AUGUUGCUUUGCUGCUGGUGGGAUGCGCAGGGCAUGCCACACUGGGAAAUGCUGAAAGUUAAAACUGUCACCAGUGAACUUCAUAUACAGCAAUCAGAGCGCUCGCUGCUGCGAUCCAGGAAAAGAGGCGAAGACGUUCUGAGGCUGUGCACCUCCAUGACAAUGCUAGUCCGCAUAUCGCUUCCGUCACCUGCCAGGAGUUGCUGCGGAUGGAGUGUUCUGCCUCACCCACCAUAUUCUUCUGAUCUGGCGCCAUCUGACUAUCAUUUAUUCCGCUCUCUUAAAAACCAACUACGAGGGGGAAGCUUUCAGAAUUACGACGAAGUCAAGAUCGCACUUGAAGACUUCUUAGAUGCGCAGCCGUCGGUGUUUUGGAAGAAGGGAAUGGAUGCGCUGCCAGAGCGAUGGCAAAGGGUCAUCGAUACGAAUGAAAAUUGUCACAGCGUUGAUUGUGGCGAAACGAGAACGACCGUUUACACGGGGCAUCUUAUCCACAGUAGAUUGGGAGAAAAAGUUGCCAUUUUGGGGAGCAUUGUUACCCAAGCCAGCACAUCUAGAAUGAUUUCGGGUGAUAUUGAAGUUUCUGAUAAUGAAGAGUUUACCACGGUGAAAACACAUGUAUCCUUUGUUUCACUGCGAAUGGCAAGUAGAAAGGAGUUGCAGCGGAGCAAUACUAGAAAAUGA